UCUCUCUUGUUUUCGAGUCUUGCCUCCAGUGGCGAAUAACGGAACCCGUCAGACCUUAAAUAGCUUGAUAGUUUAAAGUUUGAACUUUUUGUAUAACCUAGCUUGAAAAAGGCUUAGUCUAAUAAUAACUCUGUCCGUAUCCGCUUGUAAGUCUCGCGUGCUGUCUCUUUAAGAGGGUUUACCCACCGACCUCCUGUUGAUCCGACAGACAGUGUAUUUCCCCAUACAUUACUGCUCCUCAGCACCUCCCGCCUCUCUCUCUGCGCUUUACUUCAUUCAUAACCAUUUAUUUAUUUUUAUAUUUAUUCACUUUGGAGACUUGAAGUAGCUCAAAAGAUGGCAGAGGUUGGGAAAGGAGUCAACGCCGGGAAACUGGCCAGUAAUGUACAGAAGAGGUUAACCCGAGCACAAGAGAAGGUGAUGCAGAAACUGGGAAAGGCGGAUGAAACCAAAGACACAGCCUUUGAGGAGCAAGUAGCCAACUUUAACAAACAGAUGAACGAGGGCACCAAACUGCAGAAAGACUUGAAAGCGUAUUUGCUGGCAGUCAAAACAAUGCACGAGUGUUCCAAGCGUCUGCACGACUGUCUGGCAGAAAUGUAUGACCCUGAGUGGUUUGGCAAAGAGGAGGUGGACUCCAUCGCAGAGGAGAUGAUAGAGAAAGAAAUGGAUAAUAAUCUGGAGGACACUGACCUCCUGUGGCAAGAUUUCCACGAGAAGCUUUUGGACAAUGCUGUAAUUUCCAUGGACGCAUACUUGGCUCAGUUUCCAGAUAUAAAGGCUCGCAUUGCAAAGCGUGAAAGGAAGCUGGUGGACUUUGACAGUGCCAGACAUCAUUUUGCCUCUGUACAAAAAGGCAAGAAAAAGGACGAGGCCAAAAUUGCAAAGCCUCUGGCUCUGGUGGAAAAGGCUGCUCCUGUUUGGGCUCAGGGAAUAUUAACAGCACAUCAGAUCGCUCAAACUAACCUCACACGAAACCAGGCUGAGGAAGACUUGGGCAGAGCUCAGAAAGUGUUUGAGGAGAUCAAUUAUGAUCUCCAGGAGGAACUUCCCACCCUGUGGAACAGUCGUGUUGGCCUCUAUGUUAACACAUUCCGGAGUGUGUCUGGCCUGGAGGAAACAUUUCACAGGGACAUGGGCAAACUGAACCAGAAUCUGAGUGAUAUUAUGACCAAACUGGAAGAGCAGCGUGUUGCCAAAAAAGGUGUCACGACAGCAAGCACUGGGAAGAGUGACGAUGCAGCAAACCACAAUCAGGAGACGUCAGAUGCACCUAAAUCUCCAUCAAAGCUCAGAGACGUACCGCCGGUCUCUCGACCGCCCAGACCAGCUUCAUCUCAGGAGGUGAAACCGGACAAGAUCAUUAACCUGUUUGAGGAUGCAGAAGUGUCUGACAGUAACACCACAACACAACCUGAGCAGGGGGCUUCGUGGAAUUCAUGGGAGCCCGCUCAGAGCCCCGCCGUCAGUCCCUCUCAGCAGUGGGAUUCAGAUAACGAAGCCGAUGCGCAACCUCACGGUCAGCCGUAUGCUGCUCCUGAAUGGGAUGAUGAUGUUACUCCUGCCGUCCAGUCGUAUGAACCUCCUAGCUGGGACGAACAGGACGGUGCGCCUGCCCAGUCAGGCUGGGAUGGUCAAACCGCUGCCCCUGCACAGCCAGACUGGGAGGACGAGCACUGGGAUGAGGAAGGGUCCCAGGUAGGGCAAGUGCAGGACACAGAGACUAACUGGGCCAAUGAUGCGGCCCAGGAUUGGGAGGCGGAGUCAGAGCCGCCUCAAUGGGAGGAGCUUCAGAGUAAUGAAGCCCCAACGGUGACAAAUGGCUCCUCAGAUACAGAGCUUCCUCCAUCUGUUCUCUUUAAGGUGAAAACAAUGCACGACUACAGUGCAACAGACAGUGAUGAACUUGACCUGAAGGCUGGUGACAUUGUGCUUGUGCUUCCCUUUGCCAACCCAGAUGAAGCGGAUGAUGGCUGGUUAAUGGGUGUAAAAGAGUCCCACUGGCUUCAGAACAAAAACCUCCUAGCAAAAGGAGUCUUCCCUGAAAACUUCACCCAGAAACUGUGAGCGGAGUCGCUUUCUCACAACCACCUGUUCUCAUCCUUCAUUUUCUCACUUCUACUCUACUGUGAUAACGAUUUUUUUAUAAAACAUCUUGAAAAAUAAUGGCUACACAAGCAAAAAAAAAAAAGUUUCUUCAGCAUACUGUCAUCACUUUUGUAGAACUGGAGUCAGAUAAAGGCCAUUAGAUGUGUGUAAAGUGAUAGAUCUCAGGUUGAAAUGAAUGCUGGGGGCUGAUUUGACUUGCGUUUGUUGUUGAGCCAUUUUGGAAAGUCAAACCCCGCACGACUCGGCUUAAAGUUAACAUGAAAUUUUUCAAAGAUUAUGACGACACAAGAGUCCGAAUUUAACAGACUUAAAGCAGAAGUGCCACACAAAUUCAAAAUUGUUAAAGGUUGAAUAACCUGCAGAAAAAAUACUAAAUGUAAAAGCGUUUAAAUAAAUAGUUUGGUGCGUUAA